CUCAAAUAACUCUCAUCUAGGACGAGGGUUGACCUAACCAGAAGGGACCGUUUGGUACUCUCUUAUGAAAAUAGGGGUGGGGUGAUGGAAACAAGAUGGCGCGGUGGUUGUCUUCCCCGAUCUAUACCAGCGGUCCGGAAAUGCCAGUAGAUGUAAGGGAUGGGGUAUCGAUCGUCCUUCCGGAAGAUGGGACGUGGACAAAUCUUGAGCCAGCAUACCAAACCGUAAUGCUGGAAGGGGAGGACGCGUUUCUUUGGAUAGAGACAGUAUGGGUUAAUGUCAGCUUGACAAGGUUGUCGCCAAGUUUAAUGAAUUUGGAGUUCCGAGGGACAGUGGAAGCCCGGGGGUGGGUCUACUUGUCACAAGACAGGGAGAAUGCUAUGGUCAUAAAUUUGGCGCUUGGGAAUACGCCGGACGAAUUGUUUAGGAAGGCAGAAGCGGAGGUUGUAUGGGUUGCGUGUCAGUGGAGGGAAAUGGAAAUGGAAAGGGUAGAUGUGCGAGUGGAACUUGGGGAUAGGGGAAGCAUGAGGCGACCCGUCAGAACCAUGCGAUGUGUGCUGCCUCCCUUUCUGGUGGAUGCGGUCUUCGGAACCCGGAGCAGACUAGUAUGGAUAUGCCAAUCCAUGACGAACCUCGGACUAUACCAGUGCGGUAGGCAAAAUUUCUUUCGGUUGUCGGUAGAGAUGAGGCCGUUUGAAGGGAAUUGGGCGGAGGAGCUGACUGAGAUGCUAAACUGCCUUAGCGUAGACAAUGUCUUUGUCCCUAGCUCCGUGCAUUGGGGGAUAGUCUACAGAAAUGUGGCAGUAGGGGAGAUAUUCCUGGAAGGGGUGAAGGAGUUGUUCUACAGCGAAGAGGGCGACUUCAGUGAUGAGGACGAAGAUGAACUAGGCAAAAUGACAACGGAGGAUGAGACGGAUAACCGUAGGAGCGAAGGAGGACCAGGCUUAGGAGGCAGUGCCGUGCAGAGCGAAGAGGGUCAGAAAGACCGCGAAUCGAUAAAUCCGGAUGGUACCAAAGGGAACUGGAAGGAAAUCUCCUCAGGGGAAAGCUCGGGGAAAGCCGGGGGAAGCCGGCAAGGGACUCAGGAGACCAAGGAGGGCAGAAAUAAGGAUAGGACAACCCCCCAGAAUUCAGAAGGAGUUGUGUCUAAGAAAGUGAGGGUCAAGGAUGCGAGGUGCAAACUAGAGGAGAUAGAAAAAAGGACCGCUGAGUACAAGGCAAGAUUGAUUGAGGAAAUGAUGACUGGGAACGAGGAAGGCCGUCUGCAGGAAGAACCGCGGGACGAACGGAAAACCGGCCGAGGCGGAAUUGGGCAAGCGCAAGUAUCCCGACCCGCCCUCCCUUCCCAGGAAGCCGUAGUUCCGCCAGGAGUAGCCAAUCGAGGAUUCGGACGGAGAGAUGCCGCUAAUGAGCAAUGCAAGUACUGCACCGCGGUGGGACAUUUUGUGCGCGCAUGCCCAAAACUCAACCAUGAUAUGUUAAAAAGGCGAUGUACCAGGUCGUUAAAGGGAGAGGUAUUCGGGCCGCAGGGAGAACGGGUAAAUUGGAACUUAGCAGGGGGGAUGCGGCAAGCCAUUAUCAUGCUCAAUGGGCUAGCGAUAGCGGCCAUAGAGGUUGAGUCGGUGGUCGAUAUCAUCUGGGAUCAACUUCGGGGCCGCGCGCCGCAGGUCAACUUCAUUCAGGAAAACGACGGACGUGAUAGGGUGAAUGCGGCUACUCGGCUAAGGACGGCUGGGAGAAGGAUUAUCCGUGACACCGUGAUGGAGGAGGUUGCUAGAAGCUUCAUACCCCUGACAGAGCCCGAGGUCGGGGAACCAGAGAAAGUCUAUGGGAAGCCCAGGGAAGAGGAGCCUACGGACAAAGUUACCGCUGCUAAAAAGAAGUUUAUGUAUCAAAUCCCAAUCUUAACCAUGCCUGAGAUCGAUGACACCCUUAGCAAAUUACUAGGAACCAUGAUGUCGAUGUCGUUUCAUACCAUGCUGCAGGCCAGCCCUAGGUUGCUCAAAGGGCUUAAACAACUGUUGACUCGGCGGCGAGUAGAGAUAGACGAAAACCCCGAAUCACCGGAAGAGGAAAGGGAGGAGGAAGCUCCGCAAGAAGUCGCUAACCUUCAAAGGAGUUGCGGGGAUUUGAAGGAUCUCGAGAAAGUCUUUGCGGACAUCCGCCUGGGUUUGCCAGACCGAGAAGGUGGCGAGGUCAUGAGGGCACCUCCCGGAACAAAGCUCAACUUUCAUGCGCUACCCGUAGGAAAAUUAAAAAUCCAGAUCGGGACCCAUUAUACCGACGUAUUAGUAGACGGGGGAGCGGAAAUCACUCUCAUAAGGAGGGAUUUCGCAACAAUCACGGGCUGUACGGUAAAUAAGGAAGUAACAGGGAGCAUCCGGGGAGCCGGUGGGGAAAUCCCAUUCGCUGGGUAUGUCACGAAAUGCGCAGUCAAGGCAGGAAUCAGGGAGUCGAUCUGGUCGUUUCAACGGAUGACAGUAAUGGAGGGAAUGAACCACAACAUAAUCCUCGGGAGAUCGUGGUGCACAAACGUAGAAAUGAUAGGCAUGCACUUGUACAAUGGCACGUACAUGGUAGACAUAGAGGACCCAGUUACCGGCCGGGGAGAGCUCCUCCGACUCCUUGGGACGGGAGGAGACCCUCUAAAGAGGAAGCUAACAACAUGGUCACCAUCUUUCGAAGAUAGCGCGCGGAAGGGGGCUUUUGCGCGGAUGGAGGGCAUGAGAGAAAGGGUAGAAAUCAUGAUCGAGAAAGCAUUCCAUAAGAAGGAAUGGAUCAAGAUGGGCCUGCCCCAGAAGAAGAGGAGGCAGGAGGACGAAGUCUUAGGUGUUAUGGUGGCAGAAAGGGAAUCGGAAGUCGAACUUGGAGCCAGCCUGCCCAAAAGGGGGAAGUUAGACGCGACGCUAAUUCCUCUGGUCAGGAUCCACACGGUAGAGCAUGAGUGCUGGAAUGACAAGGGUCCGUUCUAUGAAUUUGGGAUAGCGGGGGAAGUGACAGACCUUCUUCGAGCAAAGGUGGAAUCCUUCGUCGCAGAACCUACGGCGUCGCCAUACGCGAACCGGUGGUUCGUCUUUCGGAAACCCAACAAGAUGCUGAGAUGGAUUCAGGAUCUGCAGAGGUUGAAUGCGGUAACCAUCCAGGAUGCUGGCUCGCUGCCUCAGGCCAAUUUAUUAGCAGAGUCGCACGCCGGCCGGAGCAUUUACUCCCUGAUAGAUCUGUACUCAGGGUACGACCAACUUCCAUUGGAUGUUCGGGACAGGCCGUACACCGCAAUGCACACCCCCGUAGGCCAGUUGCAGAUGCAGGUGACCCCUAUGGGCUUCACAAACGAGGUAGUCGAAGUGCAUCGGAGAAUGCUCGCCGUAGCCAGGGACAUGUUCCCAGAGAAGUGUGAGCCCUACAUCGAUGACAACCCGAUCAAAGGCGCCCAAGAGAAGAACGAGACGAAAGUCCAACCGGGAAUCCGAAGAUUUGUAUGGGACCAUCUACAGGACAUCAAGGACUUACUUCGCCGGUUUCUAGUAUACAACAUCACGGCUAGCGGACCUAAGAGUAUUCUAGCAGUACCAAAAGUAACCAUAUUAGGGUUUCGCUGUGGCGCAUACUGUAGGAAGCCUAAUCCGGCGAAGACUGACCAGAUAUCGCAGUGGCCGAGCCCCUGUGCACGACAACAGAGCUUUGCGAAGAUUGUUGAGCCUAUCCAGGCCAUGAUCAGAAAAGAAGGGACUAUGGAUUGGACGGAGGAGCGGGAAGGAGCCGUCCAAACCCUCAAGGAUAUACUGACGUCUGAGCAAGUCGCCUUGUCCGCACCCUGCUUUAAUGACGAAGUGGGACGACCAUUCAUCCUAGAAAUGGAUGGAGGACCCUUCGCCGUGGGAGGCGUACUGAUUCAAAGGGAUGAGGAAGGAAAAAAUAGGCCAAUUAGGUUCGAAAGUAGAACCCCGAACUCCGCAAAACGGCGGUACUCACAGUUCAAGAAGGAGGUCCUAGCCAUCUUGCAUUGCCUUAAGACCUUUCAGGCCUACCUGUUUGGAAGGCGGUUCAUCCUAAGGAUCGAUCCGACGAAUGUCGUAGGGGCCUUAAAGAAUUACAGGCCUAUAGAUCCGACGGUGGGGAGAUGGGUAGGAUUUAUCUGGCAGUUCGAUUAUAAGAUCGAACGGAUUGUUGGAAUCAGAAACAAGGCCAAUGGGCUGAGUCGGGUCUGCAUCACUUCCGAAGGAGUGGAGGAUGCGGAGCCCAUAGACGCAUUUCUCAAAUACGAAGGAGGAACUCUUGCGGUGGAUAACGAAACGAUGGGCGAAAAAUGCGCGUCGGGAGAACUGCUGAUCCGGACUUUGGAGAAAGGGGCACCUGCCGUAGUAGCAGAACUUAGAGAAGGACCAGUCACCACUCGAGGUCGCAAAGAGGAGAAAGAUUCGUGGGGAGCGAUAGUAGGACUAAAGGAGGAACUAAUAGCAAUGGCGGUUGAGGGAGGCCACAAAGCCGUGAUGAGCUUAUUGGAAUCUUGGGAAAGAAAAGAGUUGAGGUGGAUGGUAAACCAGGUGCAGGAGAGAAAGGACGAGGACCAGAAAGGGAAGGAGUUUUUCUAUGCCCAGAUAUACGAAGUGAUCUUUCGGGAUGUUGGGUUGUUGCUGGUAGGAAACAAACAACCUAUGGAAGUCAGCAUUAAAGCAAGGGAGGUGGCCGAGAGGUACGUCCUAAGGGGCGGCCAUCUGUUCCAAAGAGAGGAAGGUGCUAUGCCUAGAAGAGUUGUGUGCGGGAGACGUAAACAGUUGGACGUGAUCCAGGCAAUGCACGACGGACUAGCAGGAGGACAUCGAUCGUCCAAAGGAACCCUUGCGAAGAUAACGCCACUCUAUUAUUGGCCAGGCAUGGUUGCCACGUACUGCCAGACCUGCCUAAUAUGCCAAGAACGGAGCUCGGCACGUAUCUUUGAGCCGCUUAGACCAACGCGGGUGGUAGGGCCGGGACAUCUGGUCCACCUUGACCUUGCGGUCAUGCCUGUAUCAACGGAUGGGUACAGGUAUAUCCUGGAUGCGCGAGACAACUUGAGUGGGUUCGUGGAGGCGGUCGCUCUCAAGAAAAAGACAGGGAGAAGUGUAGCGGACUGGAUAGAAGACUUCUACUUGAGGCAUUCUUUCGUCAAGAGGUUUAUAGCGGACAAUGGGAUAGAAUUCGUGAACCAGGAAGUAUUGGGAAUGCUUAAUAGGCUUCACGUGCUGAUCAAACUCAUCGAGCCAUAUCACCCGGAGGCCAAUGCACCUGUGGAAAGAGGGCACCGAAUUAAAGAACAUGAUUGCGAAGCUCGCAGCAGACUAUCUGGGGAGCUGGCCUAGGUAUCUUAAGUAGGCUGUCUUCUCGGAGAACAUGACACCUAAGAGGACAACAGAAUGUAUCCCAGCAGAACUU